AUGAUCUUUGUCGGAUUCGGCUUCCUCAUGGCAUUUCUGAAGAGAUACGGUUUCUCCGCAGUUUCUGUGAAUUUGUUACUUGGGCUAUGCUUCUACGAGGAUUCCUCUCAAAGCAAUUUCAAGAAACGCGCACGUUUACGCUUGGAGUGCCAGAUGAUAUGUUCGCGACAAUCAUGUGCAGUAGUACUGAUCACCAUGGGAGUGCUGCUUGGUCGUAUGACUCCAGUACAGUUCCUACUACUAGCGUUUUUUGAGACCAGUUUAGCAGUCCUUGUUGAUCAUGUUAUCGUCAAUAUCCUACAUGCCGUUCGCUUGUCGUGCAUGCCUUUGGGGCCGUACUUCGGUUUAGCGGCAGCAUUGGUCGGAAAGAAGAAAAAUGUCAUGGAAAUGGACGAACAGGGCUCCAUUCACCAUUCAGACUUAUUCUCAAUGAUCGGUACUCUCCUCCUUUGGGUGUUCUUCCCGUCCUUCAACGCUGCCGUUCAGGAGCCUGAGGACGCACGGCAUCGAGCAAUUAUGAACACAUAUCUUGCAAUGGCAAGUGGCACAGUGACGACGUUCAUACUGAGCUCCUUCGUCGAUAAUCUUGGACGAUUCAAUAUGAUUCACAUUCAAAGUUCGACGCUUUCUGGAGGAGUCGCUAUCGGUAAA